AAUACUAUUCAAACCAAAAAAGAAAGAAAGAAAAAGAGAGAGAGAGAGAGAGAAAUUUCGGAAGCAACGACGAUGGAGGAUUGCAGGCCUUUGGGGUUCUUGAUCGGCCUCCCAUUCGCUCUCGUUGCUGUGUUGAUCUCCCUCGUCGGCGCCGUGAUCUGGAUUUUAGGUUCCAUCUUGAGUUGUUUGUGCCCUUGUUGCGCUUGCUUUGCGGGUCUUGCCAAUCUUGCUGUAGAUCUGAUCAAACUCCCUGUCAAAGUUAUCAGAUGGUUCAUUCACCAGAUCCCUUGCUGAUUUCUGAUAUCUGAUUUCUCUUCUUGUUGAUCCGUCAAUGCUACUGUUCUUGUGAUUUUAUUUUUAUUUUUAUUUUUAAUUUUUGAAAUUAAUAGAAAUUAAAGGUGGGUUUGACUGCCACGUUAAUCA